AGAGGCGGGAAGUGCUUCUCAGCGCCCAUGUUGAACCUUGGAAACUACAACUUCCAAAGGGCCACUGGCUCCUGGGAGUUUUCUCGUUUCCACCGAGUUAAACGUCAGGGGCUGCUUCUGAGGGAUCAACUUGACUGGCCAUCGAGCUCUGCUAAGUCAUUUGAUUCGCCUGGUGAUGAAAUGGGGGCCAACCAGUCAGUGGGCUUUCCACCUGUCACGGGACCCCACCUCGUAGGCUGUGGAGAUGUGAUGGAGGGUCAGAGCCUCCAGGGGAGCUUCUUUCGACUCUUCUAUCCCUGCCAAGAGGUGGAGGAGACCACGGAGCAGCCCCUGUGGAUUCCCCGCUAUGAGUACUGCACUGGCCUGGCCGAUUACCUGCAGUUUAAUAAGCGCUGGGGGGGGUUGCUGUUCAGCCUGGCUGUGGGAUCUUGUCGCAUACCUGUUAGCUGGAAUGGCCCCUUUAAGACAAAGGACUCUGGAUACCCCUUGAUCAUCUUCUCCCAUGGCCUGGGAGCCUUCAGGACGUUGUACUCAGCCUUCUGCAUGGAGCUGGCUUCCCAUGGCUUUGUGGUUGCUGUGCCAGAGCACAGGGACCAGUCAGCUGCAACCACCUAUUUCUGCAAGCAGAACUCAGAAGAGAACCAGCCCACCGAGUCACUGGAGGAGGAAUGGAUCCCUUUUCGUCGAAUUGAGGAAGGGGAGAAGGAAUUUCAUGUUAGGAAUCCCCAAGUGCAUCAGCGGGUGAGUGAGUGUUUGCGGGUAUUGACGAUUCUGCAAGAGGUUACUUCUGGGAAGACUAUCUUUAACAUCUUGCCUGGUGGGUUGGACCUGAUGACCUUGAAGGGCAGCAUUGACAUGAGCCGUGUAGCUAUGAUGGGACAUUCAUUUGGAGGGGCCACAGCUAUUCUGGCUUUGGCCAAGGAGACCCAAUUUCGGUGUGCUGUUGCUCUGGAUGCUUGGAUGUUUCCUCUAGAACAUGACUUUUACCCCAAGGCCCGAGGCCCUGUGUUUUUUAUCAAUGCUGAGAAGUUCCAGACAAUGGAGAGUGUCAACUUGAUGAAGAAGAUAUGUGCCCAGCAUGAUCAAUCCAGGAUUAUAACUGUCCUGUGA